AUGAAUAGCGAUUUUGGCAGCAACUCUGAUUCCUCCUCUGGACUCGAUGGGGCAGAGAUUGAAACAGGCACCGUCGCCUCUGCUCCUAUGGCUUCUCGAGCAAAUACACCAGCUUCGCUGCAGUCGCCCAGCCACCUGGACGCUGCUGUGCAGACGUUGCCCUCAUAUUCUGCCCGUGCAGCUUCCUCAUUUUCUCGCAAUCGUUGCACAAUAAAAGGUCCAUCUUCAUACUCCCGAAGUGCAAUUUCCUUAAGCAAAGCUAGUGGUUCAGGCAUACUUCACUUGCCAUCACGCACCUCUAGCCCUGUUGAAGAGGAGUCGAGUAUUGAUGAAGCUAGCCCUGGCAUAAGCUGGGCUUGUUUGUCUGGUCGAGAGCCAAGCGUAGGUCGUAGGCCAAGAUGCAAAGUUAACGCAUCUACAUUGGAAGAUGUAGGUGCUCUCGGUAGGAGUGUCAGGUUCAGAUUGAAUACUCGCAAUAAAUCGACUCGAUCGGUCUCACACUUUGGCUCCGCUGAAGAUAAUCGAGAGCAAAAUGGCCAACUAGACGAUGCACAGAUACGAUGCACAGUUGAACCCUGGGAAGUGCUAGGCCGGCAUCCUCAUCCCAAUGAGGUGCGGGCCUCACGCAUUUGCUUGAGGAACACCAGCAAUGCCAAUGUUCAGGUAUGCAUUAUAGCCAAUCAUGAGGGCUUAUUUUGA